AUGCAGUCUGCCCUCCUCCUCGCGGUGAGUUUCAAGCAAAGUCACGGUUUCUUUUGAAAUCGUAGAUUUUCAGCUCAUUGGCUUCGCUUCUGCCGCCACCUACUACACCUCCACCCCAAGCUACAGCAGUUCCUGUGAGUGAAGAGCUCUCCGGAAGGUUCUAGCAAUUCUCAAUUUUAGACAGAACUUGCUCCUCUUCGUAUGACUGCUCCUCCGGACAGACUUGCUCAAACGGACAAUGCAUGAGCUCUCUGAGCUACACCGGAGGACUCUACUCCAACACGUACAACAACAACAACCAAUAUGACAUGAACUCGCAGUACAGCAACCAGAACACCGGAUCUGGUCUCUACUGCACCACCUCGUACUCGUGCCGUUCCGGAGAGACCUGCACGAACAACAGAUGCCAGUCCAGCAACAUGUACUCCAACACGUACUCGAACAACAACGGAUACCAGUACUCUUCCAACUGUUAGUUUCAGUUCUUCUUGUCCCUGACUGAAAGAUCAAUUUUGCAGCUGGAUCCACGUGCCGUUACUCUACUGACUGCAACUCUGGACAGACGUGCUCGAAUGGAGUCUGUGUUGCUCAGUACGGAACCUCCUACAACAACGCCAUGUACUCUUCCUCCACCGGAAGUGAGUUUUGACGAUCCUAACUAUCAAACUCACACCCUCAACCCUCUUCUAUUCCAGAAAAAUGUCUUACCUCUCUUUCCUGUUCUAACAAUGAACGUUGUGCCAACGGUCUCUGUGUGAUUCACAUCCCAUCCAACAGUACUCACCCUUUCAUUACUUUGAAGAUCUUAUCCGUUUAAUUUCAGACUAUUGUACCUAUGAUAGCUCCUGUGGAACCAACCAGAGAUGCAUCAACAACAUGUGCCAGUCGACAACCGGAUCGUCCACUUAUGGAACUGAUAACAACUACAACACCUACGGAACCUCCAACACCUACGGAUCUUCCAGCACCCGAUGCACUUACAAUACGGAUUGCGGAUCCAACAGAUAUUGUUCGUCCGGAUACUGUACCAGUUAUGUGCUCAGACAGAAGAGAAGCUCUUAA